AUGAAUAAACAUCCACAUCAAGAUGUUCGAGCAUGUCUUAUUUUAACUUUACUUCAUUUUAUUGGUAAAACAUCUUCAGAAGAGGAUGAAAAUAUUAUUUGGGAAAUUCUCGAAGAAGCAGCAAAAGAUGAUUAUCUUCCUGUUAUAAAAAUUUUAUUUGCUGAACAACGAAGAAAAUCCUUUCGACGACGAAAAUCUGCUCGGGGAAAAUCUUCUUGGCCAUUAACAAAAUUAAAACAUUCAUCUGAAAAUGUCUUUGAAACAUUUAUUAAUCGAAUACAAUUGAAAGUAUUAGAUCAUCCAACAUCAUUAGAAGCACGUUUAUUGGCUUGGUCAAAUAUUGGUUAUGAACAUUGUGAUAAAAAUAAGUUAAUUGAAAAAGGUCAAGAAAUAUGUGCUCAAUUUGAUAAAGAUGGAAAUACUUUAUGGGAAAAAGCUUUUGAAAAAAUUCUUUCAAUUUAUAAACAAGAAAAAACAUCUUCAUUUGAUAUUAUUAUUGAUAUUAUUAAAAAAAUGAUGUUACGUCGAGAAGAAAACGAUGUCAAUGAAAAUGGAAAUGAUAGUCAACAUGAUUUACCAGUUUAUCAUCGUAUUCAAGAUGUUUUAAAAAAUCUUAAUUCUCAUGUGAUAACAUUUGAUAAGGAGAAAAAAAUUGCUUUUCGUUCAAUAACAUCAAUUAUUCUUCAAUUUGAUAAAACAUUAGCUUAUGAUUUGUCAAUAAUCUUAAUUGAAAUAGCUGAAAGUAAAGAAGAGCUUGAAGAUAUAUUAAAAAAUUUAGAAGAAAAUUUACCGAAAGAUUAUUUUGAAAGAAUAUUAACAGAAUUAUCAACGUUUAUUGUUAAUAGUCAAUCUUGUUGUUUUAUUAAAGAAUUAAAUGGUAAUGGAAAACUUGAAUUAGCUCAAUGGUUUAUCAAAGAAAAAAAACGAAUAUUAUUUGUUUUUAAUUUUCUUAUAAAACAAGUUUUUUAUGAAUUGAAUGUUGAUCGAGAAGAAUGUAAAAAUCUUCUUCGACAAAUGCGACAAAGUGACAACUUAUUUAUACGAAGAGAAGCUAUGAAUUAUACUGUACCAUGGGCAGAAGAUGGUAGUCUUACUGGUAGACAUGGUUAUUCUGGUCGGGGACGAGGACUUUAUUAUGGUGGAUAUUAA